GGGACUUCUGCAAACCAGACCCUUGUGGAGAAAAUUUGGCUAAAUGUGUUGCUUUGUAUAGCACUUUUACCUGCUUGUGUCCAUAUGGAUUCUACUAUAACAACAAGGAUUGUCACAGAGGGAAAAUAUACCCAGGGGUCAUUACACUGGAAGGAUUUUACACUAAUAAUGUUGAAACUGUAAAUUCCAUGGAGUAUGAAAAGGUGUUCCAGUAUGUAAUGGAGUUUUUUCAAGAUGCCUUCAAAGACUUAGAAGGCUUUGGACAGACUGUCAUCGUGGGAAUUCGAACUCUGAAAGAAACCAGAGCUUCUUCUUCAAUGCAUGUAACAGUGACAAAUCUGUUCAUGGAGAACUCGACUGUAGAAAAGGAGACAGUUAGUUCUGCAAUAAGAAAUGCGACAGAAAAUUCGACCUAUGUCUCUGAUUACAGAGAUGAAACCUAUUGUGCUGCUUUUAAUUGUGAUGCUCAAACCACAGUGUGCGAAGGAGAUAUGUUUCCAGAAUGUACAUGCAGGCCUGAUUUCUCAAAGACAGAAUGGGAUGAUCGUUCUUGUUCAGAUUGCAGUAAAGACUGUUCUGCAGAACAAAACAAGUACUGUGUAAAAGAAAAUGGGAUUCCAACAUGUAAAUGCAUGUCUAACUUUGAAUGGAAGAAUGAAAAAUGUGUAUCUUGUCCAGUGGGCUACUCUGGGGAGAACUGCAGUGACAAUAGAGAACUUAUCCUUAUAAUAGUGGGUACAGUGUUUGGAGCCAUUAUCCUGAUGUUAGUGAUAGCAGUCUCUGUUGUUUCAGUAAGAGCCAAACACAAACAAGAUCCAGAGAAGAUGAACCUGAUAAAGUCAGGAUAUUCCAACCCAAAUACCUCUGAUGAUAGACAGACCAUGAUGUUCCCCAGAGUCCAGACCACUUCUGGCCAUGCAAACCCAGGAUAUCAGCCAAACAACCCAUAUGAGAUGCCUUCUGCAAAUAGAGGUCAUUUUCCGGAGAGGGAUUACGAUGACUUGUAUGAAAUAUCAAAGGAGCCUGAGGGCUUUAGGAGGCAGAACAGACACUAA